CGGCUCCGGGCGCCUCUCCCCCGUGGACACUCCCGAGGAGAUGGAACCCCGAGGGCACGGCGUGGCGGCCUGUGCGGGGCACUCGCGUUAGGACCCAGAGGCUCUGGGGCUGGAGGGCGGGCGCCAGCCCCGUCGGGGGCCCGGAGGGGGACUCGGAGCGGGCCAAGGGGCGGCUCCGGCGGGCGGACUUGGAGCGGGCGGCGGAGUGACCCGGACAGCUGUCCUCCCUGACACCACUCCGGCCUGCCUCUUCGUUGCCAUGAGAGCUGCCUACCUCUUCCUGCUAUUCCUGCCUGACAACCCAGACUACUAUGAUUAUCAAGAGGUGACUCCUCGGCCCUCCGAGGAACAGUUCCAGUUCCAGUCCCAGCAGCAAGUCCAACAGGAAAUCAUCCCAGCCCCAACCCCAGAACCAGGAAAUGCAGAGGCGGAGCCCACAGAGCCUGGGCCUCUUGACUGCCGUGAGGAACAGUACCCGUGCACCCGCCUCUACUCCAUACACAAGCCGUGCAAACAGUGUCUCAACGAGGUCUGCUUCUACAGCCUCCGCCGUGUGUACGUCAUUAACAGGGAGAUCUGUGUCCGUACAGUGUGUGCCCACGAGGAACUCCUCCGAGCUGACCUCUGUCGGGACAAGUUCUCCAAAUGUGGCGUGAUGGCCAGCAGCGGCCUGUGCCAAUCCGUGGCAGCCUCCUGUGCCAGGAGCUGUGGGGGCUGCUAGGGUGGUGCUGGCAUCCGGAGUUCUGGCCCUCCUGGGAUCUGGGGCCCUCGGGCCCUGCCUGACCUGGUGCUUUUUCCCCCAUCCCCAUGUUCCUUUUAUUCUGUAAAAAGUUAGUGGACUGCAGCCCUGGGGGUUGCAGGCUGCGGUGCCUCAGGCCACUCCUUCAGCCUGUGGCCACCUCUGGGGCAUGAUGGGGGCUCCCCACUGCCUAGUCUCUGCCCCUCAGGUUGGGGGGGCAUCCCAGGCCUCUCUGUGGGACCUUGGCCCCUGAUGGGCCUUCUCAGCCCCUUUUGAGGACAGACAGUCCCCCCUUCACAGUCCCCUGAGGUAGGCUACGUCCCCCACCCCAGCUGGUCUGCUUGGAUUUCCUACAGCCCCUCUGGGCAUGGACCCCCUUUAUUUUAUACAAAAUUAAAAACAAGUUUUUACAAAA